AUGCAGGUCAUCGCCAUACCAAAUGCAGAAGGAUACACAAUCGUCCCGAAAAAUACAACAGUAAAUAAUGUCGCGCGAUUUCGAUUGAAAGAUGACAUCAACUAUCAUUUUAUGAUCGACCCCGGCCUCGUUGCUACUCCCAAUCAAUACAAGAAAUUUGAAUCAACCACGAGCUUUUGGGGGCCAGAAUUGACGAUUGAGUACUGGGUUCUUGAUGAAAACUCGACUUCAAGAUUUGAAAUUGAUAUUUAUCCGUUUGAUUAUUCAAAUGUUCCGGAAAGUCUUUGUGGCUAUGAAAUAUCUUCCUCUGGUUCGAUAAUAACAACUGACAAUUAUCCUGGCUCUUAUGAUGAGUACGAUGAGUGCAAAUGGAAAUUGAAUGUCCCCGAUGCGAUUUCAUAUUCUCUCGAGAAAAACGAAUUUAAUGUUGAGACUGAUUACGACACUCUUAAUAUCAUCAUGGAAAAUAAAACUUAUCAUUUCUUCGACUCCAAUCUUGAUGAUGUUUCGAGCAACUUUUUUGACUUUUAUGACUACACCAAUUAUAAUGCACCAAUCAUUUGGUAUUCAAACUAUUAUGGAAGCGGCGAUCUCGAAUUUGGAAAUGGGGGUGGCUUAUGGACAACGCGUUCUGAUCUUGCGAAUUUCACGUCUGUCUUUAAUGGAUCAACUGGUUACAUUCGUUUCUCCGCGAAUUUUUAUGACACCGGCCAUUCCGGUUUUAAUAUAACUAUAAACGCGAAUCUCCGUACAAAAAACGAUAUCUUUUCACUGGACUGUUCCGGAAUGAACUUCGCCCUAACGCUUCAUCAAGAACAUUUCGAUUAUUUCUUUGAUCGAGUAGAAUUUUCGAAGAAAAUAAUCUUCACAGGCAUUUGCUCUCAAAGCGAUUCGAUUUCCUCAAAAACUGUUAAUUUUGACGAGUGUGGAGUAACAAGCGCAACACCAAGUGAUCAAUCGAAAAUUGACUUUACGCUGAAAUUCAACGUCCAGGAAUCCCUCAACGGAACAGAUGUCAAGGAUGACACGCCUUUCGAAUUCACCUGCUCGAUCGACUCUGGUUACUCCAGCGCACUUUCAAUGAGCAUUGAUGACAUCAAACAAGUCAACUCAACAUCCAUCGUCGUUCCAACAAAUCUCGGCUCCCCAAAUUUCUGCGAUUACACAUCAACUCAGAGCUGUAGCACGAACACCCUUUCAAAAAUUCAAGUUGGUAGCGAAAUUGUCAUUGAUUUCAGCAAGCUUGAAAAUGGAUUUGGAAUGAGGAUCGAUUCCAUCAAAAUCAAGGCGUCUGCAGAUUCUUCUCAUGAGAUUUCUCUUGUUUCUGAUGGUUGCGCUCAGUUCAGUACCGAUUUGGUCUCAACGAAUGCUCGGACUUUCAAAUGGAAAGUUUUCAGAUUCACAACUUCGCGAGAAAUCCAUUUCGAAUUCUCUCAACUCGUCUGCGAUGUGUACGAUAAUACAUUCUGCAACGGAAUUUCGUCCUGUCCAUCUGUUGGAAAUGACUCAUUGUUCGCAAGUUUGACAAGUGGUCGAAAAAGAAGAAGUAUCGCAAAAGAAACAACAGUUAUCAGACACAAAAUAGUCGUCGCCGAUUCUUCUGAUCCAAUGGCUCUUUCUACCAUCGAGGGCAUCUAUAUUAUUCAACUUGAACCUCCCAAACCAGAUGUCACAAUGCGAAAAUAA